AAGAACGAAACCGCUAGUCGUAGGCUGAAUGUAGCUGCGACCUUUGUGCUUGAAAAAUUAAAAACCUUUUCUAGUGCACAUUUAAUCAUAGCAUAUUCCUCAUUCUUUCUUUCCUUUAUAUCUUGGGAAAAAUGGCUGAUAAUAAAUUAUACGAGAUUUUGGGAGUGUCUAGAAGUGCUAGUGAUUCUGAAAUAAAAAGAAGUUAUCAUAAAUUGGCUAAGGAAUUCCACCCAGACAAAAAUCCUGCUGCAGGGGAUAAAUUCAAAGAAAUUAGCUAUGCCUAUGAAGUCUUGUCUGACACGAAGAAAAGACAAGUUUAUGACAAGUAUGGCUUGAAAGGCUUACAAGAAGGUGGUCAGGGUGGUGGCUUUCCUCCCGAUGAUUUGUUUGGACACUUUUUCGGUGAUAUAUUUGGCAUGGGAGGCGGCAGCAGAGGUCGAGGCCCAGCUCGCGGGGAAGAUACUAUGCACCCACUUAAAGUUUCUUUGGAAGACAUGUACAUGGGAAAAACUACCAAGUUACAGCUAAGUAAAAAUGUAAUUUGCGGGCCUUGUAAGGGGAUUGGUGGUAAGCCAGGAUCUGUAGUGGUUUGCAAGGACUGUCACGGACAGGGUGUUAAAGUGUCUUAUCAACAAAUUGCACCACACAUGACUCGUCAAUUUCAGUCUCGUUGCCCUACCUGCCAUGGUCAGGGUGAAACCAUUAAUGAUAAAGAUAAGUGCCCAAAAUGCAAAGGUAAGAAAGUUUUAAAUGAAACUAAAAUCUUGGAGGUGCAUAUUGAGAAAGGUAUGCGUGAGAACCAAAAGAUUUUCUUCAGAGGUGAGGGGGAUCAGCAGCCUGACACUCAACCUGGUGAUGUGAUCAUUGUGCUGCAACAGAAGCCUCAUGAUAUCUUCCAGAGAACUGGUGAUGAUCUUGUGAUCAAACAUGAAAUUACACUAACUGAAGCUUUAUGUGGCUUCGAGUUUGUUAUUAAGCAUUUAGAUGGCCGAGAUCUACUGGUUAGACAUGCUCCAGGAGAAGUAAUCAAGCCAGGAGACCUAAAGGGUAUACAGGGUGAAGGUAUGCCUCAAUUUAAAAAUCCAUUUGAGAAAGGUAACCUUUAUAUUAAGUUUGAUGUUGUUUUCCCUGAAAAUAACUUUGCUACUGAAGAGCAGAUGAAACAAAUAGAAUCUGUGUUGCCUCCUCGCCCGGCCUUUGUAAUGCCCACUGGAGAAGAUGUGGAGGAGGUUAAUUUGAUGGAGUAUACAGCCAGUGAACGUGGUAGAGGUCGAGAGGAAGCAUAUGCCAGUGAUGAUGAAGAGCACAUGCACACUGGCCCUGGAGUACAGUGUGCACACCAGUAGUUCAAUUGUCCACAAUUAUGGAUUCUUACUCAAACCUCACACUAUAUAAUUUUAUCAUAGGUUAUAUGUAAAUUAAACUAAGUAGGUAUACACUGUAACUGUUAUACUUAGUUCACAGAAUGCUAGAAAUAUUUGACUAUUGCGUGCAGUGUAUUGACUUGUUUGGAGUUAACUGUAUUCCUGUGCCUCUAAUAAAAAUUUGUUGCAGAAUUUAAAUAAAGUAUUGUAAGCUUACAUCACUGUAAUUGUUUUGUGGGUCUGUCUCUAAUAAUGUACUGUAAAAAGGUGCAGUUAAUUUGUUGUGAAAAUUGGCUGUAGGCUUAUGAAAACAAAAUUGUAGAUUUAGAAAUUAAAUGUUCAUUUUCAACUAAUAACCUGCCUGUGAUACCUCAUAGGUCUAAUUGCUAUCAAUUGUAGGUGAUUUCAAAUUGUAUUGUUUAUUACUUUAAUAAGGCUAGGUAAUUUGAGUUCUAGUUAUCUGUACUUCAACUGAACUGGGAACUCAAAUCUGGCACUAGAUUAGUAUUAAUCCAUGUAUGGGUUAUUGGAUUCCAUAAUAAUUAUAUGUAUUAUACGAAAAAUAAAAUUUAGUAAUACCUAUCAUUAUAUUUUAAUUAUUAUUAGUGACAAAUCAGUUGUACAUUUCUUAAAUGGAAUGAAGUAUAUAAAAUGUGAAAUCAUCAAUAUUUAUCUUUACAUCUGUAGGCAUGACAAGCCAGAAACAUACUUAUCCGAUGUUUCACUACCAAAUGCUGAUUACAUAAUUCUAUGUUAUCAGAACAUGAAAAUAAACACUUAAAUCAUGUUUUAGUUUUGAUUCACGUUCACUAGGCUACUUGCUUAUUGCAGAUUUUAGAUAGAUUAUUAAUAUUCAAAAAUAAAAUGGUAUAGGUUAACAACUUCUGUAUUGUGGAAAUAUUGAUUUUAGGAAAAUAAAGUUCAACAACAUUUGUGAAGGUUU